CAAAUAUGUAUUUGUAUACUGCAAAAGUUACUGUUUGUUAUCAUCAGGCACAAAGUAAACAUUAUUACAACCUUCGUAUUUACAAAUGAUAAACAGAGGCCACUUAAAAAAGCUUACUCUAAGCAGGAAAAUAAAUUUUAAUUAUAGUAUUAGACUUUAACAUAAUGAUAACUUGAGAUGAAAUGAAUGGGUAGCAAGGAAAGCACUGAAUAAGUGGCCAGAUAUGGUAAUAACAAAACGUCUAUUAUUGAAAUUCGUUCCAUGCCUCAGCCUAUUCUUCAUUGGUAUUUUGAUCGGGCAAAAUAUAUUUGAGAAGGACCGAGUCAGAGUGUCUGAAAGAUUCCGGGCCAAAGAGCCUGAGGUAAACUUGCUGCAGAACGUUUCGAUACUGAAAGAAUUAGCCGAGGCAAAGGACAGGAUCAAAGCGCUUGAGAGCAAACUCCAAUAUGUCGAGACACGUGUGCCAAAACCGUUCCCGAACGUCAAGUUCCUCAGCUACAGCACGAAAAAGCGAAUACUGGUGACUGGCGGGGCAGGAUUCGUAGGUUCUCACCUCGUCGACCGUCUCAUGCUUAAAGGCCAUGAGGUCAUCGUCGUGGACAAUUUCUUCACCGGAAGCAAACGCAAUCUUGAGCACUGGUCCGGCCACGAGAAUUUUGAGCUGAUACACCAAGACAUCGUGAGCCCCCUUUUUGUCGAGGUUGAUGAAAUAUAUCACCUCGCCUCUCCGGCUUCACCUCCACAUUAUAUGUACAAUCCAGUCAAGACAAUUAAAACGAACACAAUCGGAACAAUAAAUAUGCUUGGUUUGGCAAAAAGAGUUGGAGCAAAAAUUUUAAUAGCAAGCACAUCAGAGGUCUAUGGGGAUCCAAAGGUACAUCCACAGCCAGAAACCUACUGGGGACAUGUGAACCCCAUUGGUCCAAGAGCUUGUUAUGAUGAAGGAAAGAGAGUCUCAGAAACGCUGAGCUACGCUUAUGCAAAACAUGAUAGAGUUUCAGUCAGAGUUGCGAGAAUAUUCAACACCUACGGGCCGAGAAUGCAUAUCGAUGAUGGAAGAGUCGUGUCCAACUUUAUUUUCCAAGCCCUUAAAAAUGAAACUCUUACUAUUUAUGGGCGAGGAAAUCAGACGAGAUCAUUUCAGUACGUCUCUGAUUUAAUUGACGGCCUUAUCGCACUUAUGGCCUCGAAUUACACACAACCAGUAAACCUUGGAAAUCCAAUUGAAUAUUCGAUUAUGGAUUUUGCAUUGAUAAUUAAAAAACUAGUCGGGAACGAGAACCAAAUUAAGAGCAUCGAGUCUGUUGAGGACGACCCUCAGAGGCGGAAACCUGACAUUAGCAGAGCGAAACAGUUUCUCAACUGGGAGCCGAAAGUUCCUUUGGAAAAAGGAAUUAUUAAAACUAUUCCCUAUUUUAAGGAGGAGCUUGCUAGGUCGCUUAGAGGUACAACUUUCAAAACUUCAAAACAAGAAUAAGAAGUUUCUUUGCCAUACGUUGUGUAAGUAUGUGCUCUUGAUCUCAAUAAAUUCAUCUUUUGACUUUGGGCGGAUUUAAUCGGUUUGAGCCGAGCCAAAAAUGAUGUGUAUGGCGCAUUACAAAAAUUGUUUUAACAUUCUACAAUUCAAAUAAGCAUUCGCUUUUAAACUUUUUCAUGCUCUUCAACAAAUAAAUAGCUUGUUAAAAAGCAUCAUCUGCAGCUUUUAAUAUUUUCUAGGUGCCCUUGUUUUUUAAGAAAAAUCUAAACCUCACAUUUGAAAAAUGUUUUACAUGAAAGAUUUAAGGUUUGAUGAAUUUUAUGCAUUACCGUGACUUUAUUUAUUGAAUUUAUUUCAUCUUCCAAUUUAUUAUUACCAAAAGUGAAAUUAUUAUUUCAACUUGGAUGGUUAAACAAAUGUACUUACUUUUUGUUUGUUUUUACAGAAUUAAAUUAUAUUUGUUAUAAAA